GCAUCUCUGUCUGCUUCCCGAUUGCUCCUCUCUACCCAUCUUCCAUCUUCCAUCUUCCAUCUGCAACACUUCUCACCAGAUCCUGAGCUUGAAUUUUCCGGCAUCCUCAUCUGCCGAUUGUUCCUCUCUACCCAUCUUCUCCAUCUGCUGAUUGCUCCAUCUUUUUCCCCUUUUUCUGAUUUCGCAUCUCCCUCUGCCGAUUGCUUGCUGUACCCAUCUUCCAUCUGUCGCACUUCUCACCAGAUACCGAUUUCGGCAUCCUCAUCCCAGAUCCAGCGGUUAAUCUCCCUUUCCUCAAACUUUAAUCUUCUAGAUUGUGGGUUUUAUUACUGUGGGUAAUUACACUGAUAAUAUUAGUAUUAGCUCUUAGGUGAUGGGGAAAUGUCAAUCCUGGGACUCAAACUGCAUAUCACCAGGAGUGCCCUCACUUUGCUUCUGAAUGAGAAGUGCGGCAACUGGGGCCACAUGGGUGAAUGGCUAAUUUGUAGUAUAAUUUAAGUUAGUAUUUCUGAGAGAUGGGACCUUGAGAUUUGAGUAUUUGAAAGAAAAAAUAAACUCGGCACAUCUGAAGUUUCUUCUGUUUUUUCUAGUUUUUCUAGUUUUUCCCUGCUCACCUACCAGGAAAACUGGUUUUCUUGUAAUGUGCCUACUUUGAUAUGUUGAUAAGAUUUGGAAGUGGAAUCUGAAUUUGGGGAUUAAGAAGUUGUUUCUGCAUCUAAGAUGCUAUCCUCUGGUUUUCUUUUCUGUUAACCUUUUUUCUUUUCUUUUCUUUUGUUUUUUGGCUGAAUUUUGACAUUGCAUGUAAUGCUAGUGUAACAUUUUAAGUUUGUUUUUGCCCAGUAAGUUGUACUGGCAUUAUAAUUUAUAAGCGAUGGAGGCCUUCCCUAACCUUAGAGGUCUGCAUUUCACUUAUUGGACUUUACAUUGAGUGUUGAUUCUAGUAAGCUUUCCUGUUUGAAAAUACCUUGAAACCCAAAAUCAUUUUUCUCUCUACUCAAAGUAUUCCCAGCUUUCCUCCCUCUCUCCAUUGCCCUUUCUUUAGCAUCUGAAAUGAGCUUGCCUCUUGAAGUUUCUC